AUGGCAAGGCUCACUGAUGAUGCCGACUACGAUGACGGCGAAACGUUUGAGAAUGUAUCAUGUCCACAGUCAGAUGCUGGGAAUCAUGACAACUAUUAUGGCAGACAACUUCGGACUAGGUGCGUUCUACAUGGUCUCCCUGAAAACAAGAGCAAGUUGCGACAACGAGGUCAACCCACUUUUUUACAUAGCCUUUCUUUCCCAAACGUUGUUCUCAUCUAG